AUGAUUGAGGGUUUUCUUAUUAUUUUGUAGUUUGCUUUUAUAUCUGUUGCACUUGAGCAUGUUUUCUUACACCGAGUUGCAUGCAUGAGGAAACAUUGCCAAGCCUAUUGCACAACUUGAAAAUCUUCUCUUAUCAAGAGACAGGAAGGAAAAAAAAAAAAAAGCACUCAUCUAGCUGAAUUCGUUAAUGUUCAAACCUCACAAUGCUCAUGUUCUGAACUUCUCCUAAACAUGCACUCUCAGAGAAAAGUACUAAACUGCACCUUUCUUGUACCUGUCACUGGUGAAAAUGGUAAUGUGAAUGGAGUGAACCUUUAAAAAUGAUUUAAGAUACAUAACUGGACCUUUAAAAACCAGCCUUACACUACAUGCACACACUAAAGGUACAAGUAGAUGUACCCAGGGUCAAGGAAAAGGUACAGUUUAGUACUCUUCAUAUCCAUUUGUAAUCCAAUCAAACUGAAUCAAUCAAUCAAUCAAUAUCAGUAGGAUUAUUCUCAAAACCUGAUUUAUUAUGCUCGUACAGUAUUGAGCAUGCUUUGUUAUCCAAAGCUCUUAAACUUAUAAGCAUUAUAGAUUUAUUCAUUCAUUUACAAAACAAAUUUACAUACCUGUAAACACCCAACGCGAACAGAGAUCAUUGCAGCACUGUACACAUGUACAUUUACUAUCCACUGUUCUGUGUAUGAGUAAUAUAUGCACAAAUAAGUCUGCAAUAAAAGACAUUUGGAUUUAAAUUCAAUGUGGCGCAGUCACUCAUGGCCUCUCAGUGCUCAGGAUCACAUAUCACACAUUGCAGUCACCCAGCACGUAAGACACGAUUACACAGGCAUUGAAACACUACCACUCUGCACCGUUCAUUCUUAAACACUCCUUUAAUCAGGGCUGACUGGACCUUACUGAUUUCAGAGAUGUGUCGUAGGAGAACAUGAGCUCUGGGGGAACAUUUAAGGGGUAUCAGAUCAAGGCAGCUUCAUCCAGUUCCUCCAGAACGUUGGUAUGAGCCUGUUUGCUCUAGUCUAAGGCAGGGUUUGUUUCUUAAGUCAGCUGCCGUUCCCUCCCCUCUGAAAUCAACCAAGUAUUGGCUCACUCCCAGAGCUGAAUCAUUUCAUGCUAAUAUGUCCCACCCUGAUAUGUCUGCAAGGAAUGUGAUGGCUAUGACAGAAUAUUUGUAUUGCUUGUUUGCCUCAAAUGGGUCCUUGAGGCACUGGUGAUAAUGUGAAAAAUUCAGGAAGCUGUGAUAGUCACACCAAAACCCAACACCUGAACUGUAUUCUGUCAAUACAGCCUUUAAACAGCAUUCUUGUAGUUAUUAAUCUAUCUGUCUGGAUGCGUAAAAUGAAUGAGUUUAAUCCAAACCUCAAUGUCAAUUAAUCUAAUCACAAUUUUAAUGCAAAUGGAUUCUAUGAGUGGAAAGUUUAGCAGUAAGAAGCUCCGUCCAAUAAAUAGCCGAAACAUCAUUACACACAUUUAAAUGAUGAGGUAAUAGUUGGAUUAUGUUCAGAAAAUAAAUCUGCACUGGGGGGGCGUGUAUAGAUUUAUUAUUUUUUUUUUUUACAGUUAAAAGUCUGCAAAAACAUUUGAGACUAUCUGGGUUAGACAACCAUAUGGUGGAACCAUUGCUUCAUGCUUCUUUAAUGAACUUCUUUUUCUCCUAAGGAAAAGUCAAUGAACUACAACAUGGUUCAACCUCAACCACUGAACGUACAUUCUUACUCAAAUGCUGCACCAAUAAUAAAUCAUAAUGCUGAGACUGCGGUUAUACACAGGCUGAAUUCUAUAACUGAAAAGAAACCUGAGGUUAGUUAAUUAUUUUAGUAUGAAAGGAGAACUGAAUCUCAUUUGGAAGACAGUGGUUAGGGCUUUCAUGGUAAGAAAGAAUAAAUCUCAUAAAUCAGUGAUCUUAUAGAAGGCUGUUUGUGGAGCAGUACAUUUCAUUUAAUACUCAGAGGUGCCCUAUUUUGUGAGUUCCCCACAUCCUGCCCAAUGGGGCAUGCUGAUAUCAUCUGGCAGAACAGAAGAAGGAGGGAGUGUCUUAUCUGGGGUACUGACUACAUCCAUGACCAGUGUGAUCAAGCCAUAACCUUUGGAGGAGCCCUUAACAUCUACAAACCAGUACUUGCUGCUCCGAUGUUCGUCUUUCAGAGGAUGACAGCUGCAGUGAAGAGGACAGCAGAGGAAGAUGGGACUGGAGCAUGUGUGAACAAACGCAUCAGAUCGCUCACCUAUCCUUCUUUGAGCAGUCGGAACAAAAAGGCAGGUCCCUGUGGCGUCAGCAAACGAGUGCGGUUGGGUUCUCUGUCCUUCCCACCGCCUUUACAGGUCCCAAUAUCAAAUGUGUUCAUGCCAUCAACUUUGCACAACCCAAACCAAGUCUCUUCCUCCACACCAUCGCCACGGGGCAAGGUGAAGAAUACGGCGUUAACGCCGGCUUUGCUGGUGGCACCUGAGCCAUGGACCAGCCAUGAUGUGCCUCGUAUUAGACAGGUUGGCCUUAAUGCAGAUGGAAACCUCUCCAGGGUUACGUUUGAGCUCCCGUCCUCUGACAGUGCCUUAGAACAGCAGAUGUUACCCCAAAUGAGCAGAAAUCUCUCACAGACAAAUACUGCUGUCCCUGGAAGCAUCCAGUUUGUGUUUGGGGAGAAUAUGAGUGAGAGGGUACUGACUGUCUCUCAGAGUCCACCUUGUAGUGAGGACAAGUCUGAAACGGACUGCAGCUCGACCGACUCCGAUUCCUCCUGCACAGAAGACACUAACACAAUGUCUGCACAAAACACACUAUGGGAAUCUGCCGCAGCCCACACGGCGGCCUGCAGGAGACGCUGUCUGCUCAAACAAGUGCAGAUCUUCACAGGAGAGGAGAAUGAGAGCAACGUUGUCCAGCUGACGUGCAAGUUGUUCGUUUUGGAGAGGGGAACCCAUUCGUGGAGUGAGAGAGGGAGAGGAGUCUUACGACUGAACGACUUGCAAACUAAACAUAAGGGAUGUUUGCAGUCAAGGAUGGUGAUGAGGCACCAGGGCAGUCUGAAACUGAUCCUGAACACUAAGCUGUACCCGCACACACACCUGCGGCGCCCGGCACGCAGGAACCUACAGGUGACAGCCACUGACUUGGAGACCCACAGUGUACGUGUGUUCCUGGUCCAGGCCAGUGCCCGAGACAUUGCCCGCCUCUAUGUGGCUAUUCACCACAGACUGGUGGCCCUACGCUGCAGUACUGCCAUGUUCAGGGACCGAGAGGGACACUGCAGCAGUGAGGAGGACAAUGACAAUGAAGACGAGAAGGCUAACAAGGAGGCGCUCUUAAUCACACACACCAGAUCUGGGGAUUGUAAUUGGAGGAACAGUCAUUCCAGACUCCAUCCAUGAACAUCCCACUGAACCUUUGCCAUCAUGCUUCUGGACCCAGCCAUUUUGUGAAUAUCAAGAUCAUCUUAAUUUAAACAGUAUGGAGGCUUUUUUUUGUGUAGCUGCCUGCGAAAUUUAUGAAUAGUAUUAAACACGGUCUAUUACCAAGUACAGUUUUGCUCAGGUUGGAGACAGUGAUGCAUGCAUCAUCUCUACAAUAUAAAUUUUUUAAAUUAGAUAUUUUUAAGGAAAAAAAAUUGAACCAGGCACAACAGUUAUGUUUAUGUUGUUCCACUUUUAGAAAGAGAAUCAUUUAGACCUGAACAGAACGUGUGUUAGAGGAAACUGUUGUUUAUAUUAUGCUGUAAUUUCGCUUUAUUUUCGGUUAUUUCUUCCUACUGGAGCGGUCUUUUUGGUACAAGUCUACAAUUCUGGUGCUCCAAUACACUUGAAACAACCCAUGAUCCACCUGAAUCAGCCCAUGAUCAGCUCAGUUUAUGAUCAGGUUCAGUACACCAUACUGGACCACAUUUGAGCUCGUCUGUGACGGGUGGAAAUUAAAUGAGUGUUUAUGGGUUUAAAUGAGCGAAUUGCAAAUGUUCUUAUUUGUACUUAAGUUCACACUAUACAUUCACAAGCUCAGAGACUCUGACAGAUAACUGUGAAACUGUGACAUCCAGAGGAUCUGGGUCAUGAAAUAUCUAUGCAAACUUUAAAACAAAUUCAGAUGGAAUUUAAAAUGGGCCAAUUUUGGGACAACUACUUCUUUUAUUUAUUCUCUGAUUUCUUUCAUAGCACUUUGUCAGAAAGGGGUUCAAAUGACCUAUGCGUUCUGUUGCUGAACACAGGCCUACUACAGGUCCAUUCAGUCUCUGUCUGUGCCAAUUAUUUAUACUGUGACUGGCAGAUAUCUGGGCUCCAAUAAACAAGGGACUUCUGUUUCCAUUCUACCUCAUGAACAGUAUUUUACACCAUCUGAUCUUCUGCACUGACGUUUUGGGCCUACGCCGGUCAUGUUAAGAAAAGCUUAUUACCUGAAACCAAUGUUAGAGUUUUAUUCUAUACUUCAACCCUGAAGGUUUAAAAGACUAAUUCAAAUAAUGUCCACAGCCACAUUUCUGUCUAUGAAUUGCAUUUUUAUUGGAAAAUCUGCAAAAGACAAAAACUGUUAUUUGCCACCUCUUAUACUUUUAAGAGCUAAAAUAUUUGGAGGAGGAUUACAUUAAAGAGUUGUGUAUAUUUUUGUAUAUGUAUUUAAUGGAUUAAAUACCUAAUUUUAAUA